CCUGAUUUUGAAGACUUUGUUUCAUAUAUGCUGUCUGCACCCUCCUAUAUUCUGAUAAUAUCUGAAAGAAAGCAUGGCCAAAGAGGAGAAGGGGACACAGUCUCCCCUAUUGUGAAGCAUAUUAAGUUUAAGUGCUGCGCACGAGGUGCUGCAAGAGCAGUGAGCAGCCAUGGAGGCAGCGAGAGGAAUAUGGGAAAACAUAUGACUUUCACUCCACCUGAGACACUGGCUGGGCUAGCUGUGGCUAAUGCCACUGCUCUCGCCAACCUCCAUGGCUGCUCGCUACUCUUGCAGUGCCUCAUUUUGAAAGAGAUGUUGCAAAAUCAAGACCUGUUACAUCACUGUGAUAUUCAGGAUCGUGUUGAAGAAACAAGCAGGCAACUUGCCUUCUUUUUCUCUGAUUUUUCCAAGCAAAGGAAUGAAAAAUUUGUUGAACGAACAGUGGCAUUAAUCAGACCUUCUCUUUUAAAAGAAAGAAGAGAAUCUAUUCUGAAUAGAAUAGUGGAAAAUGGCUUUGAAAUAGCCAUGCAAAAGGAAAUCAUCUUAUCAGAAGAACAAGCUCGUGAAUUCUACCGAGAACAUGAAAAUCAAGAUUAUUUUCCAUAUCUUUUGGAACAAAUGACCAGUGGGCCAACUCUUGCUCUUGCUUUGGUACGAGAGAAUGCAAUCCAAAAAUGGAGGGAUUUACUAGGCCCAAAAAUAAUCCAAGAAGCAAAGGAACAAUAUCCCCAAAGUUUACGUGCUGAGUUUGCAAUCCAUGAUUCUCCAAUCAAUCAGCUGCAUGGCAGUGCAAACACAAAUGAAGCUGCAAAGGAAUUACAAUUCUUCUUUCCUGUAGAAAACACUAUGGCUCUCAUUAAACCCUCUGCUUUUGAAGAUAAAGAUAAAAUUAUAAAUGAAGUAAAAAAUGCUGGAUUUCUAAUCUCAGAAUUGAGAGAAGCAAACAUAAGUCCCGAGAUAGCAGCACAAUUUUAUCAAGAUCAUGAAGAUAAGCCAUAUUAUAAUCAACUAGUGGAUUAUAUGUCAAAAGGCCCAUCAGUGGUUAUGGUUCUAACUAAAGAAAAUGCUGUGGAGGAAUGGCGACAAUUAAUGGGACCAACAGAUCCAAUGAAAGCAAAAGAAACACAUCCUAGUUCAAUACGUGCUAAAUUUGCAACUGAUGUUAUGCGCAAUGCUAUUCAUGGAUCCUCAAAUGAGGGACAUGCUAAAAAAAGCAUUAACUUUAUCUUUGGUGAUAUUGAUUUAGAAAGCCUAAAAUACAAAUACAUUUAUAUAUCGUCUAUCCAUUCUUUUAAUGAGUGGAUAGUGGGUUCUGCUGUGGGUAGUUCAGGCAUGGGGUUGAAAUCCUGGCCUGUUGUUACUCUAAAAGGGGUGAAACCAGUGCUUGAGUGCACAGCGUUAUUGAAGGCCACUUCUGCAAAAGUCCCACAAGUCUGCACACCAGCCACCUGUGAGAAGAAGGGCCCACGAAAGCCACCUGAAAAAGGUUGUCUAGCCCACCAACCUGACAAAGCCUCUCCCCAAGCAGAAAAUUUGGAAAAGCCACCAGACGGGAAAAGCCCUCCAAAUUCUGAGGAGGAGAACAGCAGCAAAGACGACCCAAUGUUUAGAAUACUCCCAUUUGGACUUCAGGGGGUGCCAUCAGUCUUCCUGCAAUUAAUAAAUGAAGUCUUGCAUGAGCACUUGUACAAGGAGGUGUUGAUUUACCUUGAUGACAUCCUUAUCUACAAUGAAAAACAUGAUGAACACGUGACUUUGUGUGAAUUUCACCAGGAGAGGAUUGAUAAUUUGGGAUACCAUAUCUCCCAUAAAGGCAUCGAGAUGGACCCAGCAAAAGUCCAGGCUGUCACUGAGUGA